AUGACCAAGCAUGUGGCUAGCAAGUACUGCGACCCCUUGCAGCUUGGAACGUGGCAUCUUCCUCAGGUUGCAAAAGCUCGCAAAAACACAGAGACAGUGUCGUGCGCAGCUCCUGGCCUGGAGCCUGGUGGUUGCCCGUUGCACGGUUCUGCAGAGUUCAACGAGCCGGCUGACUUCGUGGAGCUGCAGAUGGACAGUGCCUUCCCUGAGGGAAAGGGCACUGCCGCGGCAGCUCCCGAAACGUUCGACAUCUUCCUUGACCGCGCACCAGGAACCUACUUCGGCGUGGACCUUUCGAGCGCAGGGAAGGCGUGUGUUGUCACCAGUGUCACCACAGACGGCCUGAUCGCAGAUUGGAACGCCAAGUGCAGCGAAGAAUCGAAAGUGCAGAAGUAUGACAGGCUCUACGCAGUGAAUGGCCAGACAAGCGAGAAAAGCAAGGAGAUCUUGGACCUGCUGAAGUCUACACACAACAAGAUGGUCCUCACGUUCCAACGGGCGAUUGUGAGCGAGGUGAAGGUCCAGCGAGGUGCCCUCAACCUUGGCAUGCACUUGAAAGAUGGCCCCCACUUCCUUCUAGUCCUCGGCGUGGAGGAUGGGGUUGUCAAGGACUUCAACAAGACUGUGCCCACCGAGCAACAGAUUCAGCAAUCUGACAGAAUCAUUGGUGUAGAUGGCAUGGAGGGAGUCGGAGCGGCUCUCCUGGACAAGGUCAAAAACGCCGGCCCCGAAGUGACAUUGAAGGUCUUGGCUUGGAGGCCAUAA